AUGGGUGACCUCAAAUUGAUCACCUCGGAGGAAGAGGCUACGUUUGACUUCGAAGACUCCGAGACUGACGAUGAACACGGUAUUUAUCAUUCUCGCUGUGACAAGCGCUGUGCAGAGUUCUCAAGGCUCUGGUUGCUGGCACUGACGGUCGCUGUGAUUUUAGGUCCUGUACUCAUUGUGGCUGUCCGAGCGCAAUCCGACAAAGCCGUGACCACCAGCAAACUCUGGUUGGAAAGGCAAUACACGCAACUGCCGGAGAAGGUGAAAAGCAAUUCCAUUGGAGACGCCACCUUAGCCUUCAUGAUCGGCUACUCUCGGCAACAACGUUUGCAGGCUUCCAUCAUGGUGGACAUUUGUUUCGGCUUGGUCUUUUGUGGCACCUUAACCUCCACCUAUAUCGCCACUACGGAUUGGGCCAAAGCGCCCAAGGAUUUCCGGCAGAGCCCCGGCGCGUAA